AUGGUUUUCCUCAGACGGACAAUGCUGGUUCGUUAUCUGCUGCUGUCGGCCAUGUUGGCUCUGCUUCUCUUCAUCAGCUCCUUCUGGCUACCUCAGGGCGGAGUCAGAGACUGUGGCAGCGCCUGGCAGCCAUGUUUGAUUUUUUACCACCAAACACCCAAGCCUCUAUUGGUCCCUGAGGAGUGGGCGGAGCCUGGUGGAGCCCUGCCCCUCAUAAAGGAGUGUCCCGGCCAGUCGUUUCAGGCCUGGCGUCUGCUGCUGCAUUUAAAGUCCAGUCUGACGGACAAAGACGACAUCCUGCUGGAGCCGUACCUGCAGGGCUGGGACCAGCUCCUCAAUUUCAUGGAGUCUCUCGGGACGAUGGUCAGUUUCUUCUCUCAGAAGGUGAAGGAAAAGGUGGUGCUGAUACGAGACCUGUCACUCAAACACAGUGCAGAGGCUCAUGGGAAUCGUGGUCCAGCUGACAACUCUAGACUACAAACUCCAGCAUCUUUUGGACUAAAAACCGGGGUGUAUCGGUCGGUUCGGUCCAUGGUGGAGGCGGAGCUAAAAACGGGCGUGGUCAACUUCUCCCGGCGAACAGAUUCGGGCUGCAGAACGCUGCUGAGGCUGCAUCGAUCUCUGCUGUGGUUGAAGCUGAUGUUGGAGGGUUUGGCUGAAGGACCGGACGCAGACGGACGGUUCAAAACGCCCGGGGAGCUGAGCAGAGACGCCUACAAGGUGGCGUUGGCCCCCCACCACCAUUGGGUGCUCCGUCAGGCCGCCGAGCUCGUCUUCCUCGCCCUACCGGACAGACAGUACUUCCUGCAGCUUGUGUGUGUCCAGAAGCAGCACGAGGCUGCGCCCGUGCUCCGCAUCAUCAUCCACGCCCUGACGCUGGUGCACGCACAAACUCAACGGAUACUUGCCGAACACGACAUGCUGGAGCUGCCAUGACCGUCAACAACACGAUGAUUCGAAACGCUCGCCGCACACGCUGCAGACGCACUGCGCCUCGUCCACGUGGCUCCAGG